UUAUUAUUAUUAUUAUUAUUAUUAUUAUUAUUUCUCUCAUUAUUACACAUCAAAGUAUGUCUUCUUCUAAUGUAUGCAUUGAUUCUGAUUUCCACUUGUUACACUCAAUACCUCAAUCUAAUUCAUCUUCAACAUCAGCAAUAAAUACAUCAACAUCACUAUCUCAGGAACCAUGGAAUAAAGUUCAAUCUUCAUAUGCCGCUAAAAGAAAACAAAUACAAGCUGAAAGAAAACGUCAAUUAAAAGAAUUAGAAGAACAGGUAGCUGAAACCGCAAAUUGGGCACAAAGAAGAAAAGAAUUAGUCACUACUACCACAACAGCUACUACUCGUCGUCCCUUAUUUUUAGAAGAGGAAGUAUUAUACCCUAAUUCAACUUCAACUUCAUCCACACCUUCUUCAUCUUCAUCUACUACUAUUGCUCGUAGUCGACAAUCUUCAAGUAAUACUAUAAAUAAGCUUGAUUUAGGUGAUGCUACCUUAGAGGAACUUGAAGGUUUGAUUGCAGCUUCAGCAAAACGACUCGCUAGUUAUCGCUUAAGAAAUCAAAAAAAUGAAAAUCGAUCACAGAACACAAUUCGUUCUUCAGUCUCACUUGUUUCAACUCCAAGCAAAAAAUGGAAAGAGCUUUUAGAACAUAAUAGUUUAAACAAUCCUAGUAGUACUAUUCAUCAAGUAACCAAAAAUGAUAGUUCAGAAUUACUUGAUGAUCAAAGCUUUACUACUACUACUACUACUACUACUACUACUACACCUUCAUCAUCAGAAACUGAUGAUAAACAACCUUCUGCUUCUUAUUUAAGACUUCGAAAUAUCUUUGAAAGGAGUUCAUAUAUUAAGAAAUCUGAAUCUUCUACUUUAUUAUCAUCCAAAAAUUCAACUUUAGCAAAUCUUUCUCCAUCCAUUUCCUUGAAUCAAAGUACAAACACAUCAACAAAAGCUAAACAAUCUGACAAUUCAAGUAUUUUUAACUCGACUGCAACGACUGAAGAAGCUAGAAUGAGUCAAAGUACUGCAUCACGUCUUAAUCCUUCUACUCAUCUUAAAAAGACAACUCGAAGCUUUAAUAAUCAACAACAAGAGGCAACACCUCUUUCAUCAUUGGUUUCUUCUUCUUCUUCUUCGUUCAUUGAUUAUACUAAAAAAGACAAUUCGACUACAAUGAUUCGAUCUAGAAAGCGAAGUGAAUUAGCUUCUAUGCAACAACAAUACAAAUCUGUUAAGCAGGGUGUUGAGCAUGAAGAAGUAAAAAAAGAAAGUGAUGUAAAAAUUGUAAAUGAGUAUAUGACCAGUAUUAAGAAGCCAUCAACUAAAUUGCAUCAAACUAAUCAUCUCUCUGAUAAACGUAAAGUUAAAUUAAGUAUCACAACAGCUAAUAUUAGUUCUUCAACUGGUUCUUCAAAAAAUACUCAAGUACGUAGAACUAAAGAAGUAGUCACAGCAGCAACAACAGCAGCAACAGUAGCAGCAUCAACAUCUAUAAAUUCUAGUCUUGAAGCUACUACACCAGUAUCUUCUUCUACAGUAGCUACUGUUGUUAGAAGAAAAAGAGGAAAGCCCUCUAUUGCCCCUAUAGCAUUACCACCUAUGAAGGUUGAGCCUUUAAAUAUACCAAGUGUUCAAAAAACUGCAAGGAAUCUUGCUAAAACACCUACACGGAUACCUUUACCUACAACAACUAAUAUACCUACAUCAACAAUACCUAAACAAAAAUUAGCUCUAGCUGCAAAGCGAACUAAUAAUACCAUUUUAUCCGAGAAUCAUACAAAUGCUGAUAAUGAUGGUCAUCAUCAAAAACCUAAAGGAUUGGCUAUGAAUACAAGAGUUAAACCUAAAUAUCAAAGACAACUUCGUAAACCAAAAUCAACAUCAGCAGUCUCUACAACACCAAAGCUUCAAGCAAGUAAAUCUAACAAAAGUACAGAUGAUAAUACCUUGCGUAAAGUAUCUACUACUAUAAUAACACCUACUUCUUCUACUGUGACUACAAAUAAUAUAAAUAAAUCAACUAGAAAUGGAUUAAUGACUUCGUUAUCUUCGAAAACAAUUUCAGAUUCUGUAUCCAAACGGAAAGUGUCUACAUUACAUGAACGUCUUCAAAAUUUAGUUGAUGAAAGUAAGUCAUGGACAGCUCAGAUGGAACGAGAUAAAAUAAUUAAUAAACCAACAAUAGAGAUGCAUAAUACAUCAGAAAUUAUCCUCCGUGGUCGAGGUAUGAGUACAUCAUUAAACAGUAACCAUCCUACUGAGAGUCCUACAGAGGAUACUGUUGUAAAGAAAUUACUUAUAAAUCACCCCAGAGUCACGAUGCGAGUAGCCAUGACACCAGAAGCAGCUCUCAAGCUUUAUCAAUUCAAUUUAACAUCAUAUGAGAAACAAGAAAUGAUGAACUAUGAAAAUAUUUAUUUUGUGGGUCAUCAUGCGAAAAAGCGACCUACAAGUCCAAGUCAAACUAUAUGCAAUUAUGGCUACGAUGAUGAACGAGGUGAUUAUCUUGUUCAGAUACGUGACCAUUUAGACUAUCGAUAUGAGGUUUUAGAAUUAAUGGGGAAAGGAUCAUUUGGCCAGGUGCUGAAAUGCUUCGAUCAUCGUACGAGUCAGACAGUAGCAGUUAAAAUAAUUCGUAACAAGAAACGAUUCCACACGCAGGCGCUAGUGGAAGUAAAGAUAUUGGAAAAUUUAAUUACUUGGGAUGCAGAAGACAAACAUAAUAAUGUUCGAAUGUUGGGGCAUUUUGUAUUUCGAAACCAUUUAUGUAUUGCCUUUGAAUGUCUUAGUAUUAACUUGUAUGAAUUUAUUAAAAGUAAUGGUUUUCAAGGAUUUAGUAUGGGUCUAAUUAGAAGAUUUGCUAUGCAAUUACUUAAUUCACUUACGCUUUUGCAGAAACAUAAAUUAAUUCAUUGUGAUUUAAAACCAGAAAAUAUUCUUUUGAAGCAUCCUACGAAAAGUACAAUUAAAGUGAUUGAUUUCGGUAGCUCUUGUUUGGAAAGUGAAAAAGUUUAUACAUAUAUUCAGAGUCGAUUUUAUCGUUCUCCAGAAGUUAUUAUGGGUAUGAAUUAUAGUAUGGCAAUUGAUAUGUGGAGUUUAGGUUGUAUAUUAGCAGAAUUACAUACAGGCUAUCCAUUAUUUCCUGGAGAAAACGAGCAAGAACAAUUAGCAUGUAUCAUGGAAAUUCAAAAUGUUCCAGAGCCAUAUAUUAUUGAAAAGAGUAGUCGUAGAAAGUUAUUUUUUGAUUCACAAGGAAAUCCACGAAUUCAACCAAAUUCAAAAGGAAGAAAACGUAGACCAGGUACAAAAACUUUAGAGCAUGCUUUAAAGACUACCGAUGAAACUUUUGUGGAUUUUAUUAACAAAUGCUUAUGCUGGGAUCCUGAACAACGUAUGAAACCAGAUGAAGCAUUAAAGCAUCCUUGGAUGAUGAAAUCAUCAUCUAGAAAACACGGUUCAAGAUAAGGAAUCCUUUUUUUUUUUUCAUUACUAAAAAAAAAAAAAAAAAAAAA